UAAAAAAAAAGGAGAGAAAGGCAAAGAAAGCGAACAUCGGGGAACAAGCAGUUGAUGGUUUUUAAAGCCCUGCUGAAAGGAAAAAGAACUGGCUUCAUGGUGUUGAAAUAGUUUAAUUUUUUUUUUACCACUUUUCUUUUGCACUUUUCCUUGCUCCAGGAGGAGGAGGAGGAGGAUAUACAUGUCUAAUAUUUAGACAUGAUGGCAACGUGGACCCAAAGAAGAACGUUUGUCCUUCUUAUUGCUUUUCUAGGACGCUUGGGAACGAUACGGACGCAGGACGAGGAAGAGUUUGAGGGGGAUCUAGAGUCUGAAGGAGUACCCUGCACAUAUAAUGGACAGAUGUACCUAAACAGGGAUAUAUGGAAACCUGAGGUAUGCCAGAUUUGCGUCUGUGACAACGGAGCCGUUCUUUGCGAUAAGAUCCAGUGUCUCGAAGUGUUGGAAUGUGAAAACUCGCAGGCGCCUGUUGGAGAGUGUUGUCCUGUGUGCCCAAACACGGCCCGGAACGGCUUUGAAAGUGCUAUUGGUAGAGGACAGAAGGGUCAAAAAGGAGAACCUGGAAUUGUGCCAGUGGUUACGGGUAUAAGAGGACGGGCUGGACCAGCUGGACCUCCAGGGUCGCAAGGGCCAAGGGGAGCUCGAGGUCCAAAAGGAAGACCUGGUUCACGUGGUCCUGCAGGGUUGGAUGGGGAACCUGGCAUACCUGGACAACCUGGUGACCCUGGGCCUCCUGGGCAACCAUCCACAGGGCCAGAUGGAGUGGGCAGACCGUUUACAUCUCAGAUGGCAGGGCUGGAUGAGAAAUCUGGACUCGCUAGUCAAAUGGGGUUCAUGCCUGGUGCGGUGGGUCCCGUGGGUCCAAGAGGGCCUCAAGGUCUGCAAGGACAACCAGGUGGCGUAGGACCAUCAGGUCCUCCAGGUGAACCUGGAGACCCAGGAUCAAUGGGUCCAGCUGGUGUUCGUGGCCCAGAGGGCCCUCCGGGAAAACCUGGUGAAGAUGGUGAAUCUGGCAGAUCCGGACAGCCUGGAGAAAUUGGAUUCCCUGGAUCUACAGGUGCUCGAGGUUUCCCCGGUGCGCCUGGUCAGCCAGGUUUAAAGGGCCACAGGGGACAUAAAGGACUCGACGGCCCUAAAGGUGAAAUUGGAGCCACGGGAUCUAAGGGGGAAGUUGGUCCACCAGGUCAGAUGGGUGCAACUGGCCCUUUGGGUCCCCGAGGGAUGGCAGGAGAAAGAGGACGUCUUGGGCCACAGGGUGCCCCGGGGGCUCGUGGUUCUCACGGUAUGCCAGGGAAGCCAGGUCCGAUGGGUCCCCUUGGUAUAUCCGGUUCACCAGGUUUUCCAGGCAUACCUGGCAUGAAGGGGGAAGCUGGUCCAACAGGUGCACGUGGUCCAGAAGGCCCACAGGGACAACGAGGGGAAACAGGCCUACAGGGUCCAGCAGGAUUAUCUGGCCUUCCAGGUGCUGUUGGUACAGAUGGUUCCACAGGUACUAAAGGGCCAUCGGGAUCUCCAGGUACUUCAGGUCCACCUGGUUCGCCCGGUCCACUUGGUUCUCCAGGACCACAAGGCAGCACAGGUCCACCUGGCAUCCGAGGACAAAUGGGAGACCCUGGUGUUCCAGGAUUCAAAGGAGAAGCAGGUCCCAAAGGUGAACCUGGUCCACAUGGCCCUCAGGGUCCAAUUGGUCCUGUUGGCGAAGAAGGGAAAAGAGGUCCCCGUGGUGACGCAGGAUCAGUCGGCCCUCUUGGACCUGUGGGAGAAAGGGGUCCUCCCGGAAAUCGUGGCUUUCCAGGUUCUGAUGGCUUGCCGGGUCCAAAGGGAUCUCAAGGAGAGCGUGGUUCGGCAGGGGCUUCUGGCCCUAAAGGAAGCCAAGGUGAUCCUGGUCGCACUGGCGAACCUGGCCUACCGGGCGCCAGGGGUCUUACAGGGAAUCCAGGUGUUUCAGGUCCAGAAGGAAAAUCUGGUCCUUUGGGUGCUCCAGGCGAGGAUGGUCGACCAGGCCCAGCCGGUCCAAUAGGAAUUAGAGGGCAGCCAGGCAGCAUGGGCCUCCCUGGGCCAAAAGGUGGUAGUGGGGAUCCUGGGAAACCUGGAGAAGCAGGCAAUGCUGGUGUUCCAGGGCAGAGAGGAGCUCCUGGUAAAGAUGGUGAAGUUGGCCCUGCUGGUCCUCUUGGUCCACAUGGACCAGCAGGAGAAAGAGGAGAACAAGGUCCCCCAGGUCCUACAGGCUUUCAGGGCUUACCUGGUCUUCCAGGUCCUCCAGGGGAAGGGGGAAAGCCAGGUGACGAGGGAGUUCCUGGUGAUGGUGGAUCUUCAGGUCCUUUAGGUCCAAGGGGAGAACGUGGCAAUCCAGGUGAAAGAGGAAAUCCAGGAGCACAUGGUAUUCAAGGAGAAAAGGGCAUGGCUGGAGGUCAAGGCCCUGAUGGUCCAAAGGGUAAUCCAGGCCCCUCUGGAACUCCAGGAGAUCAAGGGCCUCCGGGUCUUCAGGGAAUGCCUGGAGAGAGGGGCAUUGCUGGAACUCCUGGUCCCAAAGGCGAUAGGGGAAGUAUAGGAGAAAAGGGAAGUGAAGGCACAGCAGGCAAUGAUGGCGCAAGAGGUCUCCCAGGUCCAUUGGGUCCAGGUGGUCCUGCAGGUCCAGCUGGUGAAAAGGGUGAACCCGGCCCUCGAGGUUUAGUUGGCCCUGCAGGCUCUCGUGGAAAUCCUGGUUCCCGUGGUGAAAAUGGUCCAACUGGUCCAGUUGGUUUUGCUGGUCCUCCGGGCCCUGAUGGUCAACCAGGUGUGAAAGGUGAACCUGGAGAGCCUGGGCAGAAAGGAGAUGCUGGAUCCCCAGGACCCCAAGGUCUUGCAGGAUCUCAUGGCCCACCAGGUCCUUCUGGGGUUCCUGGACUAAAAGGUGGCCGUGGUACUAAAGGCCCCCCUGGUGCUACAGGUUUUCCUGGAUCUGCUGGAAGAGUUGGACCCCCAGGAUCUACUGGAGCUCUUGGUCCAGCUGGGCCUAUUGGAGAACCAGGCAAAGAAGGUCCUCCAGGUAUUCGCGGAGAUCCUGGUGCUCAUGGUCGAGUAGGAGAUCGAGGGCCGGCGGGGCCAGCGGGCAGCCCUGGAGACAAAGGAGACUCAGGAGAAGAUGGACAACAUGGUCCUGAUGGCCCUCCAGGUCCUGCUGGAACUACUGGCCAAAGAGGCAUUGUCGGUAUGCCAGGUCAACGUGGAGAGAGGGGCAUGCCUGGGCUACCAGGUCCUGCUGGUACACCAGGAAAGCAAGGUCCAACAGGACCAACAGGGGAGAAAGGUCCUUCAGGGCCCAUAGGCCCUCCAGGUGCCUCUGGACCAGUGGGUGAUUCAGGCCCAGAGGGUCCUGCUGGCAAUGAUGGUACACCAGGACGAGAUGGAGCUCUUGGAGAAAGGGGUGAUCGUGGUGAACCUGGACCUGCAGGCCUUCCGGGUUCUCUGGGUUCUCCUGGCACUCCAGGGCCUGUUGGUCCUACAGGGGAUCCAGGACAAAGAGGUGAACCAGGAUCACGGGGUCCAGUGGGUCCUUCUGGCCGUGCUGGAAAACGAGGUUUACCUGGUCCCCAAGGUCCUCGUGGUGACAAGGGUGACAAUGGAGAUCGAGGUGACAGGGGACAGAAGGGUCACCGAGGUUUCACAGGUCUUCAAGGUCUCCCUGGACCUCCUGGUCCUAUUGGUGAACAAGGCAGCUCUGGGAUUCCAGGUCCAUUUGGCCCUAGAGGCCCUCCAGGUCCAGUUGGACCUUCAGGUAAAGAAGGAAAUUCUGGACCACUUGGGCCAGUUGGACCUCCCGGUGUCAGAGGAACUUUAGGAGAAGCAGGGCCUGAGGGUCCCCCAGGUGAUCCAGGUCCCCCCGGCCCACCGGGUCCCGCAGGACACCUCACAGCUGCAAUUGGUGACAUUAUGGGACACUACGAUGACGGUCUAUCAGAUCCACCGCCAGAGUUUACUGAAGAUGAAGCUGCCCCAGAUGACAGCAAUAAAACAGAUCCAGGGGUCCAUGCUACACUGAAGUCUCUGAGCAGCCAGAUCGAAACGAUGCGCAGCCCGGAUGGAUCCAAGAAACAUCCAGCCCGCACUUGUGAUGAUCUGAGACUGUGCCAUCCAUCCAAAAAGAGUGGAGAAUACUGGAUUGAUCCUAACCAAGGUUGUGUGGAAGAUGCCAUCAAAGUAUUCUGCAACAUGGAAACAGGAGAAACUUGCAUAUCUGCAAACCCAGCUAGUAUUCCACGUAAAACAUGGUGGACUAGUAGGUCAUCUGACUUAAAGCCUAUUUGGUAUGGACUUGAUAUGAAUAGGGGUUCACAGUUUGUCUACGGUGAUAAAGAGUCACCCAACACUGCUGUCACUCAAAUGACUUUCCUGCGCUUACUGUCCAAAGAAGCUGCUCAGAAUAUCACUUACCACUGCAAGAACAGCAUAGGCUACAUGGAUGACCAAGCCAAGAACCUGAAGAAGGCUGUGGUUCUGAAGGGAGCUAAUGACCUUGAGAUUAAAGCUGAAGGAAACAGCCGCUUUAGAUACACUGUCCUUUACGACAGCUGCACUAAACGCAACGGGAACGUGGGCAGCACGGUCUUUGAAUACAAAACGCAGAAUGUGGGACGCUUACCUAUCGUUGAUAUUGCUCCUGUGGACAUUGGAAGUGCAGAUCAAGAGUUUGGAAUCGAGAUUGGCCCAGUUUGUUUUGUGUAAAGGAAAAACAUAGUAAAUAAAUAAAAAAAGGGAAAAAUCUUACCUAUUCAAAAGCAUUGGGAACAACAGCAACAAAACAGAAGAACUUAGACUGAGUGAAGUUAAUCCUGAGACUCUUGAAGUAAUAGCUGAUAUGGAGAUCAGCCUUGUAUAUAACAGUUCUUUCUAAUUCCCUGGCCUUCUUUAGAAUAUUUAUUUUACUUACUUGCAAACCUUCAGUCUACUUGUCCCAAGUCAAUAUUUUAAUGAAGUAAUAGGACUUAAAAGGACAAAUGACCACCCUUUGACGCAAAAUUAACUAACACAUGUUUCCUAACUAUAAAUGAUGAAAAUAAUGUUUUUAUUUGUGGUUUCUGCUCAGCGUAAAUGAGCAUUAUCCAUAUGAUGCAAGUAUUCUAAACAGAUGGAUCUAAGUAAGACAUCCAGUUGUUCACCAAGUCCAACUCAGCAGUGCAGUAUCCUAGAUUGUGACAUUAAUAGUGCAAUCCUAUAUGUGUGUACUCGGAAGUAAUUCUCACUGAAUUCAGUGGGGCUUAUGCCCAGGUAUGUAGGUAUAGGAUUGCUAUUAGAACCCUGCAGCCCAAGAACUGGUUGGCUACAUUUACCUUUUGUUCCAUAUGGACACUUCAGGUUAGCUCAUUGCUGUGGUAAAGGAAGGAGCCUCUCACUUGGCAGAAUUCUCCCUUCUGUGCAAUUCUUAAAGGUAUUGGAGUCCUCUCAGGGACUAGACAUGGGAACCCUCAGGCCCCUAGGCCCAAAGUCUCUAAAGCUCCUUUAUCUUUUCACUUCCUUCUUCUAAUAACAUAAGCCCCUCCUGUCCCCCAUGUGAGCUUUUCCUUUGGAUUUCCUUCAUCUAACACCCCUCAUUUCUGAAUGCCUCUGUUUUUAUAUCCUGUUUAAGAUUCUUCUCUGUCCCUUAGAGUCUUCCUUCCUUGUCUGACUAUUGCCAACUCUGCUGUUACUUCUGCACUCCGCA